GAAAUUCCUGCCACGAAACAAAACAGGAAGCUGCUCGUUUACUGAGAGCGCACGACAAUGAAGGGCUUUAAAACAAGAAGGUUUUCUUUUUUAAAGACCGCAGUGCAUUGUCAGUUAUACCGUUAAAUAUGUUUGUUUCUUACUGAGUUUUACACAGCUAACUUUUAUUUUUACAACAUUUAUUAGUGAUUUUCUCCAUCUGUUUGCACUUAUUUUCUUCGUGUUUUUCUGAAACUUUUUUUAAUUGGUUAAAUGGACGAUAACAAGAUGAUGGGUGGAAAGGUCAAAAAGCCAGGCAAGAGAGGACGUAAACCUGUGAAAAUUGAUUUGAAAGCAAAGCUUGAGAGGAGUCGACAAAGUGCACGAGAAUGCAGGGCAAGAAAAAAGCUGAGAUAUCAAUACCUAGAGGAAUUAGUGUCUAGCCGAGAGCGAGCAAUUUGUGCCCUUCGAGAAGAACUGGAAAUGUACAAACAGUGGUGCUCUGCAAUGGAUCAGGGAAAAAUUCCAUCAGAAAUCAAGGCUCUUCUGACUGGGGAUGAACUUAACAAAGCACCACAAAUCGCAAGCAAGUCCUCAAAAAAUGGAAAAAAUAAUUCUUCUGGCAAUCAUUAAUGUGAGUUUUUCCAAGUAUAAAAUAAGCAAGAAGAAUGAACCUGAAGCACUUCUUUCUUGUGAUCUCCAAUGCUAAUAAACAAUUAUUUUAAAAGUGAAAAGUUCCAUGUGUAACAAAGGGAGUAUUACUUAUCACAUUUAAGGGGCCAGUUUGGUAUUGAAGUUUUAAGUCAGUUAUUUCCUCACAAUCCUGCUAAAUUUUAAUUUCCCACAUGAAAGUGCAGACUAAAGUGAAGUAUAAUUUAUACAUUUAAAAAAGGGUACAGAAGUCCCAAUGUGAUGAAAAACCUUACUGAAUAUGUCCUCUUUGAAAUAUCAAAUGUUUUGAUUUAAGAAAAUGUGCCUUCCAUAUUUUUUAUAUACAGUAUAUAUAAAUAUAUUCAUGCAUGCAGGAUAUAGAGGACAGCAUUAUUAUUGUGCAGCACUGCUGUCUUGCAGUGAAGAGAAUGGGGUUCCCUGCAUGUAGUUUGCAUGUUCCCUCUGGAAGCACUGGUUUCUUCCCGCACUCCAAUGCAGGUUAGGAGGACUGGCAUUGCUAAAGUGGCCCAUGUGUGUUUCUUUGUUCACCCUGCGAUGGACUGCCACCCUGUCCGGGGAUUGUUUCUGCCUUGCAUCUGAGGUUUGCUAAGAUAGGCUCCCUGUGACUUUGUCCUGGUUAAGAGAGUUAGGAAAAUGGAUGAAUGGAUGCCGAUACCUUCUUUCACUGAACUACAUUGUGUGCAUUAUCAAUACAGCUACAGCAGGCAGAAUCUUUGCGAAAUAAAGAAAAAAAUGUCUGUGUAGUGAAUGAAUAUAAGUGAUUGAGUGACUUUUUCAGUUAUUAUUGUCUAUUGAGUGACUUUUUCAGUUAUUAUUGUCUAGUUGUCUACACAACUGAGACAUCACAUCAGACCAUCCACAUUCACUGUCAGUAAUGACAGUUGGCUAUGACUUUCCAGGGUAAACUUAUACCCCCUGACCCUUUUAAAAUUGUUGAAUCUCACACCAAUGGUUUGCCUUUUUCCUUGUUAAAAUGAUGAGGAUGCUCUGUUUUGCGAACCGUCCUUAUAAAACAACAAGUGUAUUUAAGUGGGACUGUUAAUUUUCUGCGUCUCUGUUAUGCAAUUUGGCAUGCGGUUUGUAAAAACAAUGCUAAUGUUGGUAAUGGAAUAUCUGUUGGAAUAAAAAUGUGAUGCGUUUUAUUGGUAAAUGCAUUACAAAAUGCUUUCAAAAUAGAUGGUGUACUACCAUUGCUGAAUAUGCUGUUGUCUACAUUGAUUUCUUAGAUUGCAUCCCAUCUUAGAUGGGUAGCACAAGAUAGUAUGUUUAUAAUCUCAAGGAGUGGAUCAAUACUCAAAAUUUUUGGCUUGCAAAAUAGACAUAUUUGGUAAGUUUUGAGGGUUUUCAUUACAUUAUACAAUGGAAGACCAGAUUAGUUUUUUAUUUUUUUAUAAAAUAUGCUUCACUGUACAAUGCAGUUUCAUGUGACAAACUAAUAUUUAUUUUUAUCUAAUUUAUAAAAUUGUAAGGGUUGUCUUACAAACCACUGGGCUUUGAACCUUGAUCAUAAUCGAGACCUUAUGACGUGAUAUGUGUAACAUGAUGCAAGAAUUGAAUUUGUGGUGUACCUUGUGCAUGUAAUUGGACUUUGGGUCCUUUUGCAUGGUGAACAGCAGCGUGACCACACAUGGCUUCCAAGAAAAAAACUGAUUCAGAAAUUCAGAAACAGAUGGCGUCUCUGUCAGGAUACGAACUAUGUCAUCGGUUGGCAAUGAAGGACAUUUUAACAAACUUGGUGGAGUGACCAGGGGUGUUUUUUUUUUAAUGAUGUUGCUUCUGCGAGGACUGGAGGUUGGAGUGUUAUUAGUAAAACUUGUUUGUGAAAAACUAACUUUUGUCUUGGAAAAAUAUCAAGUUUAUGUUUUAAUACAAAUAACUAGGGUAUAUAUCUAUGCUUUGUAGCAUUAUUUUCAAUGCCUUUAAGAUUAUACUUGAUAUUACCUAACAGUAUGGACCACUUUUCCUUUCUUAAAUAAAAGGGCCACGUGACCCAUUUGCAUUAGCAUAUAGACUUGCUAAACUUUAGCAUCAACAUUUUAUAACACAAAUUUCAUGUAAAACAUAACAACUGAAAAGGUAAUGUUCAAUCAUUCUUGUUUUCUUUGAACUUUUCAUCUAUUGUUGCGUAUAUAUGACUAUAAUGUAAGAAAUUGUUUCUGAUAUUUAUUAAAAGUGCUUUCUUAGUGAUUGUAA